AUGUCGAUGAUGGCAUGGUCCCUGUCGAACGAGGAGCGCGCGGAGGUUCGCCAGGCGUUUAUUGCGAUGGACGAGAAUAAGAAAGGCACCAUCACCCUCUUAGAGCUGAAGAAGGUACUGCAGGAUAAGUUCCACGUGCCCAACGAUGAGAUUCAGAGCAUAUUCCAGGCUCUUGACCAGAACCAUGACGACGAGAUCCACUACAGCGACUUCCUGGCGGCCAUGGUCGGCGCCAGGAUCAACAUGCACGACGACCACCUGAAGUCCGCCUUCAGGAAGUUCGACGUGGACAACUCAGGAUCUGGCCACGCAGCUAGGGGGGGAACGGAAAAGGAAGGGGGGAGAGGAGGAGAAGGAGGAGGAGGAGGAGAAGGAGGAGGGGGAGGACCAGAGAAAACCAGAGACUCAUCAACGUUGUUGAAAUAA